AUGAAUCACAUUUAACAAGCCUUUAUUCAGAGUAUUAUGAAACAAUAGUAACAUGAAAAACAAUAAUAAGUGAAAUAGGAAGAGAACAAUUAAAAACAAAAUAUUUAAGUACAACAUUUCAAAUUAUUUGUUUAGUAUUUGCAGAAACAAUAACUUCUCUCCAUCAUCUAGCAAUGUUAAUAGUAAUAAUAACCAAUUCAACAAGCAUCGUACAAUAUUCAAAUAAUCGUUUAGCAAGUCUCCAACCUUAAUUGAAGUUUAAAAUUAAGUCACAUCAUACUUUUAGAAAAUUAUCCUUUAGAAACAAAUAAUCAAUUUAAAUAAUGUAUUGGAAUAGCAAUUACCCUACUUUUUACAAGUUAUGGGCAAUCUCAUCAUUUAUGGAUUAGAAAAUUGUCCUGGAGAAAAGGAUAUUGUGUAAGAGAUGAUAUCACAAUACAAAUCCAAUCCACUUAAAAUUACAAUGAGCUGCUCUUUAUUCUAGACAAUAGGACUAUUGUUUCGUUCAUAAUUAGUGUACUAUGACUAAUGUAAUCACUAAAAUACUAAUUUAAGGCACAAAAUAUCUUACCAAUUUUUUGCUGUUCCGUGAUGACUUUUGUGACAUUUUCUUCAAUACUCUAUAUUGUUACUAAAUUACACAAGGUUAAACAUUUAGUCAAUAAGUUGGAUUUACGCAGAUUAAUUAGAUGCUCAAGAAAACUUAAGAUGAUGUAUGGACAGCAUUUAUAUUCAAAAUGCUCAGUCAACAAUAGCAGAAAAUGACUAAAGAUAUGUUUCUAUUGCAGUUCAAUUAAUACACCGCUUCAAUGAAUAAUUUCUUCACUAAAAGCAAUUUGAUUAUGGAUCUAGUUGCUCUAAGUGUAAAAUAGACCUCAAAAUUACAUAAUGAUCAGAUAUUUUAAGAAGUAAUUUUGAUUGCUAACUGUAGUUUUUACUAAUAAUGGGCAGUUUUAAAGCUACGACGUAAGAUUUUUUGAAGAAAGCUACGUAGGUAUUCUUCGAAGAAUCUAAUGAUCUUGAUUUAUUGUAAUUUAGCAAUAACAUAAUAAAAAUUCAUAAAUAGAUGAAUUGCCAAAUAUUAUUCAUUCUACCUAUGUUAUUUUUAUUGGAGAGUCAAUACUUAGAUCAUCUAGUAUAGAAUGGAAUUUAGGAAUAGUAACCAGUUAAAAACAGUUCAAAUUACUAUUUAAAGAUGAUUGAAAAAUUAAAAAAUAAAUGUGUUUAUAAUGGUGAAGAAGAAUGCAAUUGCAAGAAAUGCCAAUGGUAUCUAGUUCUUUAGAUUAGCUAGCAUCAGAAGAAAUAGAAAUUCAGCAAAGGAGUCUUAAAAAAAGAAGAGAGAAGCAUUAGAAAAGAUAGGUCCUUUAUAAGAUGAGUAUGACAAAAUUUAAAAGAAAGUAUAAAUUUCAAAUUACAUAAUUUUAGGUAUAAUCUCUUGAGACUGAGAAUUAAGUAAUUACAAAGUUAUUACUGGAUGUAUUUAGACACCCAUCUCUAGAAAAAUUGGCAGCCUAAUUCAUAGAGCCUCUCGCUAAAAUUAUAGCUGAUCAAGAUUUCAAUAAUAUUGAUGAAUGUUGAUGUACAAUUUAAUUCUAC